AUGAAGACUUAAGUAAGCCAACAAAACACCCCUAAAGCUGCUUCGAAAUAUUCUUACAAAGAAUCCUACUAAUAAAGAACACCACUUCGAUAGGACAAUUUUUUGAAUCUCUAUGAAAAAUAUUUGAAUUGUCAGGGGAGGAAAAGAUCUCAUUAAAUGGAUGAAGCUAGAAGUCCUUUACAAUAAUCUACUUCCCUGCAUUAUUUAAAUAAAAAAAACGAAGUUGGUGUACAUAGAUUUUCUCUCGAUAAUUUCAACUUGGAUAAGAGUUCCAAAGGAUUGAAAUCAUAUCUCACAACCAUCAAUAGUUCGAAUAGCAUUUUAAAUUAGAAGGCCAACAAUUCCUACUUUCCAAACAAAAAUGAUUCAAGUUAAGUCCGAUCAUAGACAGCAGAUGGCCAAAGUGUGUUGACAGAUGAAAUCGACAAAAAACCUAUUAAAGACAAGUUCAUUGAUGUUGUGUGCAAAACAAAGAGAUUGGCAGAAAAGCUUUAAUAAAUGAAUAAAUAAAACUAAAAAAUGAAAGAAUCAUAAAACUUGGCUUUUCUAUUGAAAGGUCAUCAGCAGAAGAAAUAAUCAUUCACAAUUUAAGAUCUGAAAAAGGUUUUAGCGAAAACUAAAAUAAUCCUGGAGAAUUAUAAAAGAGAAAAUAAAUUAUUGAUUGAACAUAAUUUAUUAUUGAAUGAUGAAUUAUAAGAAUCACAAGAUUAACUAAGACAAAAAAAUGAAGAAAUCUAAAGAUUAAGACAAAUGCUAUAUUAACAAUGA